AUGCUUGAGGCUGCCAAUGAUCCUAAGAAGCUUGAAGAUUCCAAUCAAGUCAGAUCUGCGUUUGUCACAGAUCUCUCGGACCAGAUAUGUUGGAUGAGUUCAGGUGUCAGGCUCUGGGCGUUUGGGCAUACUCACUACAAUUGCGAUUUUAGGGAAGAAGGAACAGGGAAACGAAUUGUGGCAAAUCAGAAGGGCUACAUAAGGAGUCAAGUAUAUACUUUCGAUGUGGGGAAGGUGGUUGAAAUCGAGACUAUUGAAUUGUGA